AUGCUUAGGAGCCAGACCUUUAAGUCCUAUUUCUCUGCAUCUGCAGCUUUUAAAUCUCAGCACCACUUAGUUCUAGCACAAACUCUUAGAACAUACUCCGCGCGUUCAGGCAGUGACAGCCAAGCCACCGAGUUCGAAGCCGCACGGCAUUGGUUUCAAAACUUCGACCAGUCUGCAAUCGCGGAACUCGGAAAGCUCUCCAAGACUGAUUUCUCGAGAUCUUCUGGUCCCGGAGGCCAAAAAGUCAACAAGACGAGCUCAAAAGCCACGACGGUCUGGUCAAUGGGUGAUCUCCUACGGCAUGUGCCAAAAGUAUUUCAUUCCAGCCUCCGUACCAACAGAUACUAUGCACCGGCUUCAGACUCGAUUUCGAUUCAGUGCGAUACGAAUCGAAAUCGAAUCGACAAUAAGAACGAGACCUAUCAACGUCUCGCUCAAGAGAUUACCCGCAUAUACAAAAGCGAGGUCCCAGGAGUGACAUCCGAGGAGCAGAAGCAGCGAGUUAUUGAAUUGCAAAAAGCCGCAUCUAACAACCGGCUCAAGAUGAAGAAGAAGCAUUCGGACAAGAAGCAAUCCCGAGUUACCCGCGACUGGGACUAA